AUGUCCACGUGUCCAGGCCUCCAUGUGCCCAGGCCUCCACGUGCUCAUGCCUCCACGUGCCCAGGCCUCCACGUGCCCAGGCCUCCACGUGCUCAUGCCUCCACGUGCCCAGGCCUCCACGUGCCCAGGCCUCCAUGUGCCCAGGCCUCCACGUGCUCAUGCCUCCACGUGCCCACGCCUCCAUGUGCCCAGGCCUCCACGUGCACACGCCUCCACGUGCCCACGCCUCCACGUGCUCAUGCCUCCAUGUGCUCAUGCCUCCACGUGCUCGUGCCUCCACGUGCUCAUGCCUCCACAUGCUCAUGCCUCCACGUACCCACGCCUCCAUGUGACCAGGCCUCCACGUGCUCAUGCCUCCACGUGCCCAUGCCUCCACGUGCCCACGCCUCCAUGUGCCCAGGCCUCCACGUGCUCAUGCCUCCACAUGCCCAGGCCUCCAAGUUCCCAGGCCUCCAAGUGCCCAUGCCUCCACGUGCCCACGCCUCCACGUGUCCAGGCCUCCACGUGCCCAGGCCUCCACGUGCUCAUGCCUCCACGUGCCCAGGCCUCCACGUGCCCAGGCCUCCACGUGCUCAUGCCUCCACGUGCCCAGGCCUCCACGUGCUCAUGCCUCCAAGUGCCCAUGCCUCCACGUGCCCACGGCUCCAUGUGCCCAGGCCUCCAAGUUCCCAGGCCUCCACGUGCCCAGGCCUCCACGUGCUCAGGCCUCCACGUGCUCAUACCUCCAUGUGCUCACGCCUCCACGUGCUCACGCCUCCACAUGCCCACGCCCCUUAG